AUGUUUCAUCCAAAGUUUCACAAGUCGGAUAAGUGUUAUGAAUGUAAGGAAUGUGAGAAAGCAUUUGGUUGGCCCUCACAAGUUUAUACACAUAAAAGAAUCAUCACUGGAGAGAGGCCUUAUAAAUGUAAGGAAUGUGGAAAAGCAUUUAGUCAGCUGUCCCAGCUUUCUACACAUAAAAGAAUUCACAGUGGAGAUUGGCCCUAUGAAUGCAAGGAAUGUGGGAAAGCAUUUAUUCAGCUCUCAAGCCUCCAUACACAUCAAAGAAUUCACAGUGGAGGAAAACCCUAUGAAUGUAAGGAAUGUGGAAAAGCAUUUAGUCAGCUCUCACACCUCUCUACCCAUAAAAGAAUUCACAGUGGAGAGAGGCCCUAUGAAUGUAAGGAUUGUGGAAAAGCAUUUAGUCAGCUCUCACACCUCUCUACACAUAAAAGUAUUCACAGUGAAGAGAGGCCCUAUGAAUGUAAGGAUUGUGGGAAAGCCUUUAAGCAGCCUUCAAGUCUCCAUAAACAUCAAAGAAUUCACAGUGGAUGGAGGCCCUAUAAAUGUAAGGAAUGUGGGAAAGCAUUUAGUCAGCUAUCAAACCUCUCUGUACAUAAAAGAAUUCACAGUGGAGAGAGGCCCUAUGAAUGUAAGGAAUGUGGGAAAGCUUUUAGUCGGCUAUCACACUUCUCUGUACAUAAUAGAAUUCAUAGUGGUGAGAGGCCCUAUGAAUGUAAAGAAUGUGGGAAAUCAUUUAGUCGGUCCUCAACUCUCUUUAGACAUAAAAGAAUUCACAGUGGAGAGAAGCCCUAUGAAUGUAAGGAAUGUGGUAAAGCAUUUAGUCAGCUAUCAAACCUCUCUGUACAUAAAAGAAUUCACAGUGGAGAGAGGCCCUAUGAAUGUAAGGAAUGUGGGAAAGCAUUUCGUCGACUAUCACACUUCUCUGCACAUAAAAGAAUUCAUACUGGAGAGAGACCUUAUUAAUGUAUAAAAUGUGAAAAAGCCUUUGUUCCUUCAUCCUACCUUACUGAACAUAUAAAAGCUCACAAUGGGUAGAGGCCUUAUAAAUGUAAUGAAUGUGGGAAAGCCUUUAGUCAUUCCUCAACCCUCUCAAAACACAGAAUCACUCGAGAGAAGCCUUAUGAAUAUAAGGAAUGUGGGAAAACCUAUGGUCCCUCCAGACACCGGAAGCGGAAGUCCGUCCUUGGCGAGGACAGCAGCUACUUGGUUCCUGCUUUUGCUGUCUCUCGGCGGCCUCAGACGCUUCCUGGACGCCGAGCAGCGAGGAUGGACUUGCAUCGCUCGGGCGCGGGAACAGUGUUUAAGGCAGAUGAAGAGUUAAGAAACAGGCGUCAGAGCUACUAUACAUUAAAGAGUCUGUUUAUUCCAUUGUGGGGAGGAAACCAUUCAGUCCAAGGCACGUUUGGAGGCUGUAAGCCAGAUCUUUUCAUCAAGGUCGUGUGA